AGCAGUGAACAGAAGCUUCUUUUUCUAUAUUAUAACUCAGUGAAGCUUUACAACGUUGCGAAAUUUCUCAAAAUAGCAGGUGUAAUUGCCAGACAGACAGCACAAAAGUGGGCGGAGGGAUAAAUAUUGGAAUAUUCUUGAAAAAAAAACAAGCAAAGUGAGUAGGAAAGCAAGUCAAUUUCAAAAAGGGCGUAAAAUUCACUUGAUCAACUUUUAUAAUGAGCAUCCUUAAGCAUGAAGUAAGUGCUGCAGUUGCGACUCUUGAUUGAGAAAUUUUCGAAUUUCUCACUAAAGACUUCCAACAUUUAAGUCGUCUUGAAUAAUGAGUGCAAUUUUUCUUUCAAAAGAAUAGCCUGUCGUUUUGAAGUGAGAAAUAUUGAAUUAAAACUCGCGAAUAGAAAGAAUCAUAAGUUUAAGAAAUGAGUAAAACGGAUAUGAGCUUUCUUGAGAACUGUACUUUUAUAGGUGAAUCAAGAUUCGACAUUGAUGUGAAACCGCCUGAAGGUUGGUCAGAGAGGGGCACGCAUGUCAUAGUUACUUCUCCCUCUACCAGAGCAAUGCUGCAUACUAUCUUGGGAGCAAUCAGCGCUAAGUUUGCCAUAGCUAUGAAGCUCAGAAACUUCCAAAUAUCCAAAGGAAUAAAAAUUGGAGGUGCAUAGAGAGAUGAUGUAGAUGCCCUUUUUAUUGCAUUGAUAAAAGCUAUUACUUCUGUCGUAAUGAUAGUGCUUCACUUGUUCCAUUUUACAUAUAGCCUUAAAUAGAAUGAAAAGAAAAGAGAAAUAGAGAAAAGUUAAUUUAAAGAAAAGCAAAU